AUUGGUCAGUCCUGAUCGGUGUUGUCUGGGCUCCAUUGGUGGGGGUGGAUCGGUGUUGUCUGGGCUCCGUUGGUUGGGUCUGUUUCCAUGGCGUCGGUGAGGGUUGAGGAUGAAGGGGACACUGCGGGUCCGGCUGUGGCCGGAGGAGAGUCCGAGGCUGAGGCCGGGAGUUCGGGAGAGGCCUAUCCGGAGUUUGAUAGGAAAUGCAUCUUUUGUAGAAUCGGGAACAGAGAGGAGUCGGUGGAUCUGCUGCAUUGGGAUGACCAGUUUGCUUGCUUUAGGGACAUUCGACCUGGUGCGCCCCAUCAUUAUCUCGUUGUACCAAGAAAACACAUUGCAAAUUGCAAAUCUCUGAAGAAGGAGCAUAUAUCAGUAGUUCAAAAGAUGGUGAACAUCGGAAAAAAUGCACUUCAACAAAAUGGUAUUGAUGAUCUGGCAGAUGUAAGGCUGGGCUUUCACUUGCCCCCAUUCUGUACAAUAACUCAUUUGCACUUGCAUGUAAUGGCUCCAGCCAGUCAGAUGGGAUUUAUAUCGAGAAUGAUUUACCGAGUUAAUUCCUACUGGUUUAUUACAGUGGACCAGUUGAUUGAAAAUCUAAAAUCUCUUCCGGAUGAGUGAAUGAUGGAAGAUGCUACAUCCGUGCAGUUAAGUACUACUGCAGAUACUUCCAGAAAACAUCAAGACUGAAGUUGCUCUUUGACCUGGAUUUAAUCAACAAGAACUAAUUUGUUCCCAUCAGAAUUGAACAAGAAAUCCAUUUGGUGGGUUUCUGUUUUUUUCAAAUUCAUAACUUUUCAUUCAGGAAGUAAGGAUCUACACCUGUUCUAUAAACUGUUUAACAAAGACUACGAAAUUUACAUGUGUGUAAGUCAAAGAUAACGGUUUGUUAAACUUGCCAGCAUGCAAUUAGUGGCACACAAUUGGUAAGGUUAGCUGGAUAUAAAAUUGGAAAGACUGAAGAACUUUAAUUACAUAAUAUUCUUAUGUACGUUUUGUCUGAAAUACCAUUUGAAAUAUUUAAUUACAUCAACAUUAAAGUAAAACAUCUUACUAUGUGUGUAAAUAUGCUCCAUGUGCAAUAAAAUAUCUUGUAUCUGGAAGGUUAUUUGUACACGACUACGUAAUAUUUACUCAUGCAUUAGUAUAGAUUAGGAUUUUCGGAUAUUGUAACAAAUUGAUGUUCUUAAUUUAUGGAACGAAUACGAGGACACGAAAUAACUUUUGAAUGUAAUUCAGAAAAUGUAUAAUGUGUUCUUACAGAUGGACCAUAAAAAUGAGUCACUAUUGUGCCAUCA